CGAGGAAACACAGGGAAACAUCGGAGGAGGAAAGGAAAAAAAUCAAGGCCAUCUCCGUUCUCCAGUCCCUUCUCUCUCUCUCUCUCUCCCGAUCCCGAGCUCUCCUGGAGAAUCCGCCAUUUUGACUGUUCCUAUGAGCCUCUCCCGAAAAUAUCUCUGUCGUGAUCUCCAAUCAGGUUCACUGAUAUUGUCUCGAUCCACUUCCUCCGGCUGCAUGAUUCAUGUGUGAUUUUGUGCUGGAUUCAAGAGCUUGGGAUAACUAUGGGGCAUUUAAAUUUUCCCUCGGGAAGAAACUCAUUCAAGUAUUGUCAUUCCAAAUCCUCGAAGGGUGCUUUAGCAUUCAUGAUCAAUUCUGAAAUCGGUGUAGUUUUGGCUGUGAUGCGGAGAAAUGUGCGUUGGGGUGUCCGCUAUAUCUCAGAUGAUGACCAGUUGGAACAUUCUCUCAUCCAUUCGUUGAAAGAAUUGCGUAAGCAGAUUUUUUCUUGGCAAAACAAUUGGCAAAGUGUUGACCCUAGACUGUAUAUUCAGCCAUUUUUGGAUGUUAUAAAAUCUGAUGAAACUGGGGCUCCAAUUACUGGUGUUGCUUUGUCGUCUGUCCACAAGAUCUUAACCCUCGAUGUUCUUACCCUUGAUACUGUGAAUGUGGGAGAGGCUAUACAUUUGAUAGUUGAUGCUGUAAAGAGCUGCCGUUUUGAGGUAACUGAUCCAGCCUCGGAGGAAGUGGUUCUGAUGAAGAUACUUCAGGUUCUUCUGGCUUGCGUGAAAAGUAAGGCGUCUUGUCGGUUGAGUAAUCUUGACGUUUGCACCAUUGUCAACUCUUGUUUGUCUGUUGUUCAUCAAUCAAGCUCCAAAAGUGAAUUGUUGCAGCGUAUAGCACGCCACACGAUGCAUGAACUGGUUAGAUGUAUCUUCUCGCAACUGCCCUAUAUCAGCCCAUCGGAGAAUGCAUUUGCUAAUGGAAGCAGAUUACAUGUUGGUGAUGCGGUGGGAACUCCGGACUGGGAUCAGACUUCUCGAGAUAAACAGGUUGACAAUGGAAAUAUUGGUAGUGAAUCUGAUGCUCUGAGCACAACUGAAAAUUCUUCAAGUCCUGUAAUGGAGAAUCCGGAAACAGAAAUGAAAAAAGAUGAAAGGAGCACUGAGGUCAAUGAUCCCGUAGCUGGAAACGGUGAAAAUACAAUGAUGGAGCCAUUUGGUAUUCCGUGCAUGGUAGAGAUAUUUCAUUUCCUGUGUUCUCUGUUAAACAUCAGAGAGAACAGUGAAAUCAGCUCCAGAUCUAAUCCUAUUGCAUUUGAUGAAGACGUCCCUCUUUUUGCUCUGGGUUUAAUAAAUUCUGCUAUAGAACUGGGAGGGCCUUCAUUCCAUGAACACCCGAAGUUGUUGAGACUGAUCCAGGAUGAGCUAUUCAGCAACCUGAUGCAGUUUGGUUUAUCGAUGAGUCCUCUGAUUCUUUCUACUGUUUGCAGCAUCGUUUUUAAUCUCUAUCUGAAUCUGCGCACUGUGCUUAAGGUACAGAUUGAAGCUUUCUUUUCAUGCGUUCUUCUGAGGAUUGCACAGAACAAACACGGGUCUUCAUACCAACAACAGGAGGUUGCCAUGGAAGCCCUGGUUGAUCUUUGCAGACAGCAUGCGUUUAUGGCUGAAGUGUACGCAAAUUUUGAUUGUGAUAUAACUUGCGCUAACGUGUUUGAAGACAUCACAAACUUGUUAUCCAAGAGUGCCUUCCCGGUAAAUGGGCCUUUAUCUGCGAUGCAUAUACUUGCAUUGGAUGGUUUAGUUUCCAUGGCUCAGGGAAUGGGUGAGAGGGUAGGCGAGGAAUCGUCUGCUGCAGACACUUCUACGGAUCAAGAGGCAUAUGAAGCGUUUUGGACAGUAAGAUGCGAGAACUAUGAAGAUCCCAACUUUUGGGUUCCUUUUGUCCGUAAGACCAAACACAUAAAGAAAAGGUUGAUGGUUGGAGCUGAUCAUUUUAACCGUGAUCCCAAAAAGGGCUUACUAUUUCUCCAAGGGAUGCACUUGUUACCUGAGAAUCAAGACCCAGAGAGUGUGGCAGCUUUCUUCAGGUAUACAUGUGGGUUGGAUAAGAACCUCAUAGGAGAUUUCCUGGGCAAUCAUGACCCGUUCUGUGUUCAGGUGCUUCAUGAAUUUGCGAAAACGUUUGACUUCCGAAACAUGAAUCUGGACAUGGCCCUGCGUCUUUUCUUGGGUACCUUCAGGUUGCCUGGUGAGUCACAAAAAAUACAGAGGGUGCUAGAGGCUUUCUCGGAAAGAUACUAUGAGCAAUCACCACAAAUAUUGAUAAAUAAAGAUGCUGCUCUCCUGUUAUCGUAUUCACUUAUCAUGCUGAACACAGAUCAACACAACGUGCAGGUCAAGAAAAAGAUGACUGAAGCGGAUUUUAUCCGUAACAAUCGGUGCAUCAAUGGGGGUGAAGACCUUCCAAAAGAAUACUUGUCCGAGCUUUAUCAUUCCAUCUGUGAGAAUGAAAUUCAGAUGGUUCCAGAUCAGGAAACUGGCUUCCCGGCGAUAACAGCCAGCCGGUGGAUUAGUGUGAUUCACAAAUCAAAGGAAACCAGUCCUUAUAUUGUCUGUGAUACCUCAGCCCAUCUGGACCACGACAUGUUCUCAAUCGUGUCCGGUCCCACUAUCGCUGCUACAUCGGUGGUUUUUGAUCAAGCUGAGCAAGAGGAUGUUUUACAGAGAUGUGUUGAUGGGUUCCUGGCCAUUGCUAAACUUUCAGCAUGUUAUCAUUUAGAUAGUGUUCUGGAUGAUCUGGUCGCGUCUCUCUGCAAAUUCACGCCCCUUUUGGCGCCAUUAUCAGAUGAUGAAACUGUCCUUGCUCUAGCAGAGGAUGUCAAAGCACGAAUGGCAACUGCAGCAGUUUUCACGAUUGCAAAUAAAUACGGUGACUAUAUCCGUUCUGGCUGGAAAAAUGUACUGGAAUGUGUCUUGAGCUUACAGAAACUCCAGCUUUUAUCAGCUCAUAUGGCCAGUGAUGCGACAGAGGAUAUGGAGCCGUCAUUUAGUAACCCGGAGCUGGAAAGACCUUCAACAAAUCUCUUGCAGGCUACUCAGGUUCAAUCCUCUUCUACACCUCGGAAAUCAUCUAGUCUAAUCGGCCGGUUUAGCCAGCUUCUGUAUUUCGAUACUGAGGAGACAAAGCCUCAGCCAACCGAGGAAGAACUUGCGGUUCAUAAGCAUGCUCGUGAGGUAGUGAAGGAUUGCCGAGUCGAUAGCAUAUUCUCAGAGAGCAAAUUCCUCCAAGCCGAGUCUUUGCAACAGCUUGUGAACUCCCUCAUAACCUCGGCUGAGAAAGAUGAAGACAGUGCAGUUUUCUGCUUAGAGUUGCUUAUUACAAUCACGCUGAAUAACAGAGACAGGAUUCUGCUGAUCUGGCAAACUGUUUAUGAGUACAUCGCUAAUAUCGUUCAGUCGACUUCAACACCGUGCAAGCUCGUCGAAAAGGCAGUCUUUGGUCUCUUGAAGAUAUGCCAGAGAUUAUUGCCUUACAAGGAGAAUCUGACAGAUGAACUUCUGAAAUCUCUUCAACUUGUCCUGAAGCUCGAUGCCCGAGUGGCUGAUGCAUAUUGUGAACCCAUUACACAAGAAGUUGCUCGUCUCGUGAAAGGUAACGCAGCCCACAUCAGAUCACAUUCCGGGUGGCGCACAAUCAUAUCUCUGUUAUCCAUCACAGCCCGGCAUCCAGAAGCUUCCGAGUCUGGAUUCGAAGCCCUCAUGUUCAUAAUGUCAGAAGGCGCUCACCUCUUGCCAUCAAACUAUAUUCUCUGUCUGGACGCAGCAAGACAGUUUGCUGAGUCCCGAGUUGGCGAAAUCUCUCGGUCUAUCUCAGCCAUCGACUUAAUGGCGAACUCCGUGUUUUGUCUGGGGAGAUGGUAUAGAGAGGCUAAGAACUCCGUCGGAGAAGAUGCAGCCAAGAAGCUAAGCCAAGAUAUGGGAGAGAUGUGGAUAAGACUUGUGAACAGCCUCAAAAGGGUAUGUCUCGACCAACGGGAUGAAAUCAGAAACCACACGAUCUCGAUGUUGCAGAGAUCGGUAGCCGGGGCAGACGGGUUUCCAUUACCAACAAAUCUCUGGUUCCAAUGCUUUGACUCGGUAAUCUUCCCUUUACUCGACGAAAUCCUAGAACUCUCGAAAGAGAACGCCAGGAAGAAGAACUUCAAGAAAGCAUCGGAGGAAACGCUCGUCCUGGCCACAAAACUAAUGUCAAAAGCCUUCCUACAAUCUCUUCAGGAUCUAUCGAAGCAACCGUCCUUCUGCAGGCUAUGGCUCGGGGUCCUAAACCAUCUGGAAACGUACAUGUCGGCGAAAUUCAGAGGGAAACAGAGCGAGAAGGUACAUGAACUGAUUCCCGAGCUUCUGAAGAACACACUGCUGGUAAUGAAGACGACGGGAAUUCUCUUACCAGGUGAAGACAUUGGCAGUGACAGCUUCUGGCAACUGACAUGGCUUCAUGUCAAUAAGAUCUGUCCUUCACUUCUGCCUGAAGUUUUCCCUCAAGACGAGCUCGAGCUUUCGCAGAGACAAAACGCUAUGACCGGAGAAUUCUCGUUGCCGGAAAAAGGGGCGGUUGCCUGAACAAGAAGAUGACAGUUAAACUCAUAGAAGAAUUGGUCUGAAUUUUGUCUUCUUCAUUGUUUUAUACAGAGGAGGAGAAGAAGAAGAGCAGACAAGAACCUUUGCGAACUAUAUAUAUGGAAUUUUUUGCAGUAUAGCUUUUUUUUUAAAAAAAUUUAACCACAAAUUCUAUUAAAUUCAGCAAAGGGUUUCAAAUGUUAUCUAAUUGUGUUAUUAUUGUUUGUGUAAGAUCAAAUUAGAUGCUUCUUUAACGUU